UGCAGGCAGCACAUGUUCAUAUUUUUUUGUUUCCGGUUCUCUCUCGUUUGGGGGGAGUGACUGAAGUCUGCUGCUCGUCCGGGCUCUGCAUCCUGUGAAGAAAGUACGACGGCGAGGGUGCUGCUGUGUGUGCGUGCUGUGUGUGUGCGAGGCGUGCUUGCUUACAGAGCCAGCUCCAAUAUGAAGAGAGGAAAGAACACAGAGGAGGCGGCUGCAGAGGGGGAGAAUGAUACCGGAUCAGCUUCUACAAAGAAGGCCAAGAAAACAAAGGAACCCGAGGCUCCAAUUUUGUACGAUGACCCCCCUGAUAAAACGACAAGCAAAGACGGACGCAGCGCCAACAUGAAGAUCACCUCCUGGAACGUGGAUGGACUCAGGGCGUGGGUGAAAAAGAAUGGCCUGAAUUGGGUGCGUGAGGAGAACCCAGACGUCCUGUGCCUCCAGGAAACCAAGUGCUCAGAGAAAGCCCUUCCUGCUGAGAUCACGUCUAUGCCAGAGUACCCCCACAAGUACUGGGCUGUGUCCGAUGACAAGGAGGGAUACAGUGGGGUAGCCAUGCUGUGCAAGACUGAACCUCUGAAAGUGACCUAUGGAAUUGGCAAAGAGGAGCAUGGCAGGGAGGGGCGUGUCAUUACUGCUGAGUUCCCAAACUUCUAUUUGGUGACGGCCUACGUCCCCAACGCCAGCAGAGGCCUCGUCCGCUUAGAUUACCGCAAAACCUGGGAUGUCGACUUCAGAGCUUACCUCAGCGAGCUAGACAUCCAGAAGCCCCUGGUUCUGUGCGGAGAUCUCAACGUGGCACACCAGGAGAUCGACCUGAAGAACCCGAAGGGCAACAAGAAGAACGCGGGAUUCACCCCGGAGGAGCGCGAAGGCUUCAGCCAGCUGCUGGAGGCGGGCUUCGUGGACAGCUUCCGUGAGCUGUACCCCGAGCAGGCCAACGCCUACACCUUCUGGACCUACAUGAUGAACGCACGAUCUAAGAAUGUCGGCUGGAGGCUGGACUAUUUCCUGCUGUCAUCUUCUCUGCUCCCCGGCUUGUGCGACAGCAAGAUUCGCAACAAGGUGAUGGGCAGCGACCACUGCCCAAUCACGCUCCUCGUAGCUGUGUGAAUCAGCUGUUACUCUGUCCUCUUAGCCCCGCCCAUAUCAGCCAGAGUGAGGAAGUCGCUCAUUAGUAGAGUUACUUAUAGCUUAGUUGAUUUCUUUGAAGGUUUCCACAAUAUAACUACACUGAUUUGAUUACAUUUGCAAUAUAAAUCCAGGUUCUGCACACAUGCAACACUAAAACACUCAAUUAAGCUAAUGUUCAUGUUUCUGUAAAAGAAAACUCAACGGUUAAAGCCCAUUCUUGUACCCCGUUUUAUUUUUUUAUGUGAAACUUGCUUACACUCAAAUAAAAACUCUUAUUUCCAGA